CGGGCGCGGCGCUGUGACGUCGCCCCGCGGGCGGGAGGCGGCGGCGGCGGCGGCGGCGGCGCUCAUGCUGCGACGCCCGCUGGCCGGGCUGGCGGCGGCCGCCUUGGGCCGGGUCCCCACGGAUGGUAGACAUCUUCUCUGAGGACCAGAGACGUCAGUCUGGGCUGCUGGACACUGGCCAUCUGAUGUAACUGGAGCUGUCUGUUUACAGUGAGAGGGAGCGCCCUUCAUUCAUCCAGGGAUGUCAGGACCACGGCCUGUCGUGCUGAGUGGACCCUCAGGGGCCGGGAAGAGCACCCUGCUCAAGAGACUCCUGCAGGAGCAUGGCAGUGUCUUCGGGUUCAGCGUGUCCCAUACCACACGGGACCCACGGCCUGGAGAAGAGAAUGGCAAAGAUUACUACUUCGUGACCAGAGAAGUGAUGCAGCGGGACAUCGCCGCGGGCGACUUCAUUGAGCACGCCGAGUUCUCGGGGAACCUGUAUGGGACUAGCAAAGCAGCUGUGCGGGCUGUGCAGGCCAUGAACCGCAUCUGCGUGCUGGACGUGGACCUGCAGGGUGUGCGUAACAUCAAGAAGACGGACCUGCGGCCCAUCUACAUCUUCGUGCAGCCGCCCUCACUGGACGUCCUGGUGGGGGAGCAGCGGCUACGGCAGCGCAACACAGAGACAGAGGAGAGCUUGACCAAGCGUCUGGCUGCUGCUCGGGUGGACAUGGAGAGCAGCAAGGAGCAGGGCCUCUUCGACCUGGUCAUCAUCAACGACAACCUGGACACGGCCUACCGGACCUUGGAGGAGGCGCUCUCCGAGGAAAUCAAGAACGUUCAGAGGACCAGCUGCUCCUGAGAAGGACGCCCGUUGUGGACUCCCCUCAGCUUCCGCCCAGUUGGCCGAGGCUGGAGGACCCUGGCCUCCCCUUCCCCCUCUGCCAAGGAUCUGGGCCAGUGUCCUAAUAAAGAAUUGCUGGGUAACAGUG